AUGCCCUUUACGCCAUACACCUCGCAGACCAUUCUGCCGUCAGCUAAUGGUGUAGUCGAUCAGCAGCAUGCUUCAAUACAACAGCAACAACAACAACAACAACCCACUUCCUUCUUUACACGACGUCCUACUGCACCUUCACCCGUUGGCUCUCCUCCUGAUGUCAACCCAUCCUUGCCACCAAGUCCACCAUCACGAUUCAACACUCUAUUGCCUUCAGCAAGCAACGCUGCCUCGACAUCUUUCACCAUUGACGCGGUAGAAGCUUGGGACACCAAUCUCUAUCUCGGCACAUCGGAUGGUUGUGUAUUGCACUUUAUACUCGAAGAACAAUCCAAACCCGGCGAGGUUCCAUAUGCUUCUCGACUUGAGAACAAGAUCAAUCUUGGCUUUGGUCGCAAAUCUAUCGAGCGAAUUCUUGUUAUACCCCAAGUAUCAAAGGCCGUUGUGCUUUGUGAUUCUACCUUGAGCUUUUACUGGUUACCUGCAUUUGCUCCCAUUCCCGUAUCCUCGAUACCACAUAUCAAAGGAGUGUCAUGCUUUGCCCAUAAUGUCGCUGAAGAAGGUCGUAUUGGAGAGGAUGGUACCAUUGAGUUAUGUGUCGUGAAGCGACGCGUCCUGCAGAUAUACAAGGUCGGCGAACUUGUACAAAUCAAAAAGGAAAUGCCACUACCAGAUGGAGCUAUCACUUUGGCACGUCAUGGAAGAAACCUUUGCCUUGCAGACUAUAAUCAUUACAAGCUGAUCAAUUUGCUUAUGCCGAAUCCGACACCUUUGAUCCCGACGCCUCAAGUCACCAUCUCUUCACCUACAAUGCUUGGCGCUGGUUCACAAACCGUACCAAAACCUGUGCUCACUGUCAUUCGGCCCGAUGAGUUCCUGGUUGUCAGUGGGAGCAUUUUUACCGACUCGCAUGGAUCUCCUAUUCGUGGUACACUUCAAUGGGCUAGCUAUCCAAAAGCCUUAUGCGUCGAGUUCCCUUACAUCGCAGCACUGUUACGUAACGGCACAAUCGAGAUACACAACAUUCUUGAUCAGCGUCGACUGCAAGUAAUCACUUUUCCACAAUCAUUCGAAGCACGUGGCAUGUCAUUUGGUCAUGGUAUCAAGGUGUGGAUGGAAUCAAUGGCAGAAAGGUUACGAAGACGACCCUAUGCGCACAUCAAUGAUGAGGAGCUCGAGAGUGAUUUGAAACGCCAAGUGUCAAAAUUCUCUACCGUACCUGCAAGGAUUUUGAUUCAUGGUCGUGACAGUGUGGCAGCACAAAUCGUGACCCCCCUCGUGGUGCAAGUGGACAAUUUGUUGGAUGAUCGAAGAUUGGAAGAGGCAUUGGAUAUGGCGGAUCAAGCAAGGAAUACCAUGUCAACCGAAAACAACGUUUACGUGGAGCGUAUGCAAUCCGAGCUUGAUUACAUCUAUCAGAAGGCAGGCCUACUUUUGCUCCAAGAAACAGUUUUUGAAGACGCCUUCACCCUUCUAUCCAAAGGAAACAUUGAUCCUCGCAUGGUGAUCCAUCUUUUCAGUGAUUUGGCAGCAUCAAGUCGUGUCAACGAGUCACCUUACGUCCUUUUAUUUGAUGGCGUGUAUGGUCUAUUGGAACGUACUGGAAGGAUUGAAGAUAUGGUCGCCAAGACGAUGGAAAGGAAUUAUUCACCACAUUUGGAAGAGGAUCAUCAGAGGUCGAGCCCAACAAUGGAACUACGACGUGUUUUGUUACGCAAUGCUCGCGAGGCGCUUGAAAAGUAUCUAACGAUUGAGAGGGGGAAGCGCCGGAUGUUGAUUGGUAAAGGAGAUACAGUGUGCAAGGCAAUUGAUACAGCACUUCUCAAGCUCUUUGUGACAAACGACCAAGAUGAUUCGAUACACCGGCUACUCGAACGACCCAAUGAUUGCUCACUAGAGGAUUGUGUCAAUACGCUGAUUCGAUCCAAGAAAUAUUACGCCCUAUCCAUCUUGUAUCAAUCAAAGCAUAUGUAUGAGAAGGUGCUUGAGACGCUGACCAAGAUUUACAUGGGCGAGUUGCCAGAUACCCGCUUUACCAAUGGUUUGGAGCAAAUCAAACGACUGCUUUUACGUGAUAUCAGCCCCGAGCAUUUGCCUAUGCAUGCGUUAAUGCAAUAUGCUUGGUGGGUUACGGAGCAAAAUCCUGUCGAUGGUGUUGAGAUUUUUGUACGAUCACCACGUGCCAAGGAGAUGGAUUCCUCUGAAAUCUUGGAGAAGCUUGAGCAAUUUGGAGAUGAAGCAGUGCGUUCUUAUUUGGAUUACCUUGUCACCACACGCAAGAGCAAAGAACCCAAACACCAUACACGAUUAGCGCUCACGUACGUGCGAUCCGUCAUUCUGGAGUUGGAAGCCGUAUCCAAAGAUACAUUGCAUGAGCUGGUUGAGGAAUACAAGCAAACAGUGAAUCCAUCCAAUGUCAGCGAGAAUGAAAUGACCUUUGUUGGAUACUUGGGCGCACAUCAGCAAUCGAGUUUGGUUCGCAGACGGCUGUUGCUUAUUCGUUUGCUGCAACGAUCAGAAUUGUAUGAUCCUGGAGCUUUGUUGGAGGCUAUUGAAAAGGCUGGGCCUUUGGAUAUCGAAAAAGUAAUCGUUUAUGGGAGGAUGAAAAGGCAUGAAGAUGCAUUACGGAUAUUGAUUCACGAUCUUGGUGAUUUCGUCGGUGCUGAGACGUAUUGUGUAACCAAGGGACAAAGCACAGGGACUGUACCUGCAAUUAUUAUGCAGGAAUCGGUUACACCAGCAAGAACAUCUUCGUUGAGCAAAAAACAAGUGGUCAAGAAAAAGCAACAGGAGGAAGAUGCUAUACCUUUGCCGGAAUUACCAGAGGAAAACGAUGAACGAAGGGCACUAUUUUCGAUGCUACUCCAAACAUACCUAAGCAUCAAAGACAGUCAACUCAUGUUGGUCCGUACUAUGCAUCUCCUUACUACUCAAGGCUACUACUUGGAUAUUCUCGAGGUGCUAGACUUAAUACCGGAUGACUGGCCAAUUCAAAUGCUGCAAGAUUUUCUCAUUCGAUCCCUUCGUCGCUCGCUGCAUGAUCAUCGCAACAGCCAAAUCGUUGUUAGCUUAAGUCGUGGUGAAAAUGUCAUGGCCAAUAGCCAAGUAAUCGAUCUUUAUAAGGACAUUGGUCCGAUCUAUGUGGAUCCGCAAUCUGAAUGCCACAAGUGCCAUCAAUACCUGGGCGAUAGCAUUGUUGUACGAGAGCAUCGACAUGGCCAUUUGCUCCAUUUGACGUGUGCCAAAGCAGCAGGGCUAGUCAAAGCCGACGAAUGA